AUGAAAGCCAUAAAUUUAGCAACUCUUUUAUUGUCGUUAACUUUUAUUACAAUCGACGCUGCACCCGCACCAAGAUCUUUAGUCCACACAAUUCCUUUGCAAAAGCACAGAUUUUCUGAUAAAUAUAGCGUGAAGCAAAAAUUUGCUCUUGAAAAACAAUAUGUGAUUUCAAAAUUCUCUCAAGGCUCUAAUGAACCAACUGAACCAUUGACUGACAUACAAAAUGAUAUCGGUUAUACUGGACCAAUCGUAAUCGGCGGUCAGGACUUCACAGUAAUAUUCGAUACAGGUUCCUCAGACCUUUGGGUUCCAGCGGUAGGCUGUGAUAGUGGAGCUUGUAAAGAUGAUCAUCUAUUUGAUCCUUCCAAAAGUAAAACGUUCAAAAAGAUUGGUAAAGAAUUUGAAAUUACAUAUGGAAGUGGCGCAGUUAGCGGCGUAACUGGAGCCGAUGAUUUGUCUAUUAGUGAUGCGAAAGUAACAGGUCAAAUUUUUGGAUUGGCAACAUUUCUUACUGAUAGUUUCACCGACGCAGGAUUCGAUGGGAUUCUAGGAAUGGGAUUUGAUUCAUUAGAAGAGAUCAAAACCAAAACUCCUGUCGAAAACUUGAUUGCACAGAAAGUGAUUACAGAUCCUGUGUUUGGCUUCUUUUUGGGUAGAGAAGAAGAUGGUACAGGCGAUAAGAGUGAAUUGACUUUAGGCGGUGUUGAUGAAACAAAAUUUAAGGGUGAUCUUAAAUUCAAUACGGUUGUGGAUACUCCUUCAUAUUGGCAAAUUAAACUUGACGAUAUUAAAUUUGGUGAAAAAUCUCUUGGAGUCGGAGCGCCUAGUGUCAUAAUUGAUACAGGCACUACUCUUGUUUUUGCUUCGACAGAUGCAUUCACAAAGGUUAAUGAAUUAAUUCCAGGUGCAACUUAUGACCCAGAGAAUGAUGUUUACACUAUUCCUUGCGAUACAAAAUCUGUCGUCUCUUUUGUUUUUGGUGGCGUCUCGUAUGAUAUUAAUCCUAAAGAUUUAGUAUUUAAAGAUGAGUCGAGUGGUAUUUGUUAUUCUGCAAUAUUUGAUGGUGGUGAUUUUUGGGUCGUCGGUGAUACAUUUUUGAAAAAUGUUUACACUGCAUUCGAUUUGGGUAAAACAGCCGUUGGAUUUGCGCCUCUAGCUUAG